CACCAUCUUGUUUUUUUUUUGAACCAAGAAUUAUAAAAAAAAAAGAAAAACAAACAAAACCUUUCUUUCUGUUUAUUAUAGAAUUUAUUUAUUUAAAAAAAAAGAAGAUAGAGCUAUGAGUAAUAAGGAGAGCUCAGCAACUAUUAAUAUUCACAGCAAUGAGUCAACACCUCUCAUGGGCAAGUCAAGCUCGGCUCGUUCCUCUCAAUUGGUUAUCGAUCAACAAAAAAAGAGGGAACUUGUUGGUUUAUCUUACAUGACACUUUCAGCACUUGGCUUCUCCACCAUGUCCUUGUUUGUAAAGUUGAGUGGAACAAGCUUCCCUUCAUUCGAAAUUGUCUUUGCUAGAUCAGUUGUUCAGACCUUUUUCAGUUUAAUCGGCUGUGCCAUGUUAAAGAUCAACCCUUUGGGUCAACCCGGUGUUCGAAAGUGGCUCUUAUUGAGAGGUUUAGCUGGAACUUUAGGCCUCUGUUUAUUCUUUUACAGUAUAACACAAUUGCCUUUAGCCGAUGCUACAGUUGUGUUUUUCCUGGGUCCCGCUUUUACGGCGAUUCUUGCUUCCUUGGUGCUCGGUGAAGCCUUUUCAUUAUUCGAUGCCAUUUGUUCUGUAUCGUGUAUGAUUGGUGUUACUCUUGUUUCUAAACCACAGUUCUUAUUCGGAGGAGGUGAGCCUAUGGAAGACGAUAUGGAUGAAUGGCAAAGAUUAUUUGCUAUUGCAUGUGCCUUAGUCGGUGCUAUGAUGUCCGCAGUUGCAUAUGUUACCGUGCGUAAGAUCGGUAGAGGAGCCCAUUUCAUGGUGCAUGUUGUAUACUUUGGUUUAGUGUCGGCCAUCGUAAGCCCCAUCGGCAUGUUUUUCUUCCAAACAGCCGUUGUGCCACAAGGCUCUUAUGAAUACGGGAUGUUACUUUUAGUUGGUUUAACCGCUUUUAUCGGCCAAUGCUUCUUAAAUCAAGGUCUUCAAAUGGCACCUGCAGGCCCAGGUACCUUGAUGCGUAUGAAUGAUGUUGUAUUUGCAUUCUUAUUUGGUAUCCUUAUCUUGCACGAAUACCCUGAUAUCUAUAGUAUCUCAGGUGCCUCGAUCAUCGUACUCAUGACGUCUGCUAUGGGCAUUCAUAAAAUAUAUGUUCACCAGAAGAGCAAGAAAUAAUAAAAAAAUAAUACAGGCAACCCUUACUGAAAUCAUAA